GGAGCGUAAAGUUGGACUCAGCUUGGCAAUAUUUGGACCAAUUGGGUGAAUUGCUUUGUGACGUUGCUGAUUUGCAGGACUAAGCACAAUGCAUCACUUUGCACGGCCGUACCUUUAACCAGGCGCUCUAGAAGCAAGGAAAUCAUGGCGCUAAUGACGAUGCCCUAUCUCGGACCCGUGUCCGUGUCCGAGAGCUUGGCGGCCGGUAUCACGCUAUGUCUGGUCUACCUGGUGCUCAAGUCUUUCCGCGUGGUCGUUCCCGAGGGGCUCAAGCGUCUCCCCGGGCCCAGACCCUUGCCGGUCAUCGGGAACAUGCUGGAGAUGGGCAGCAGACCCUACCUGAGUCUCACCGACAUGAGCAAACGCUACGGCCCCGUGUUCCAGAUCCAGAUCGGCAUGCGUCCCGUGGUGGUGCUGAGCGGCAGCGAAACGGUCCGGCAGGCUCUGGUCAAGCAAGGCGAGGACUUCUCGGGAAGGCCCGACCUGUACAGCUUCCGCUUCAUCAACGACGGCAAGAGUCUCUCCUUCAGCACGGACCAGGCCGGCGUCUGGCGGGCUCGCAGGAAGCUGGCCUACAGCGCCCUGCGCUCCUUCGCCACGCUGGACGGCACCACGUCGGAGUACUCCUGCAUGCUGGAGGAGCACAUCUGCAAGGAGGGCGAGUAUCUGAUCAAACGGCUCGACAGCGUCAUGAAGGCCGACGGCGGCUUCGACCCCUUCCGCCACAUCGUGGUGUCGGUGGCCAACGUCAUCUGCGGCAUGUGCUUCGGCCGCCGCUACGACCACGACGACCAGGAGCUCGUCGGCCUGGUGUACCUCAGCAACGAGUUCGGCAAGGUGGUGGGCAGCGGCAACCCCGCCGACUUCAUCCCGGCACUCCGGUUCCUGCCCAGCGCCACCAUGAGGAAGUUUGUCAGCCUCAACAACCGAUUCAAUGAUUUUGUGCAGAAGAUCGUCAUGGACCACUACGCCACCUUUGACAAGGAGAACAUCCGGGACAUCACCGACUCCCUCAUCGAUCACUGCGAGGACAGGAAGCUGGACGAGAACUCCAACAUCCAAGUGUCGGACGGGAAGAUCGUAGGGAUCGUCAACGACCUCUUCGGAGCAGGCUUCGACACCGUCUCAACCGCGCUGUCCUGGGCGGUCAUGUACUUGGUGGCUUAUCCCGAGAUCCAGGAACGACUUCAUCAGGAACUUAAGAACAAAGUGGGACUUCACCGCAAUCCUCUUUUAUCCGACAAAAGCAGCCUGCCCCUCCUGGAUGCCUUCAUCCUGGAGGUCUUUCGGCACUCUUCAUUCGUGCCCUUCACCAUCCCCCACUGCACCACAAAGGACACGUCUUUGAAUGGCUUCUUCAUCCCCAAAGACACCUGUGUCUUCAUCAACCAGUGGCAGAUCAACCAUGACCCCGAACUCUGGGAUGAGCCGUCGUCCUUCGACCCGGACCGCUUCAUGAGCGCCGACGGCACGGAGCUCAACAAGGUGGACGGCGAGAAGGUGAUGAUCUUCAGCCUGGGCAAGCGCCGCUGCAUCGGCCAGGUCAUCGCGCAACAGGAGGUCUUCCUCUUCCUGGCCAUUUUGGUGCAGAAGCUGCGGUUCCACGCGGCACCCGGGGAAGCCGUGGACAUGACGCCGGAGUACGGCCUCACCAUGAAGCACAAGUGCUGCCAAGUGAGGGCCGCCAUGCGACAACGCGACGAGCAGUGAAGAUGAAGUUUUCAGACCGCGUGUGACGCCGUCAUAGGUCAGAGUCAGGGCGACGCGCUCAGAAUGUAAGGCAAGGGACGCGGAAUUUAAACCUUUUUAUGGUUUUGGGUCCCAGAGAGCUUCUGUAUUUUGAAAGACUCCUUUGCUGCAUGUAGUUAGGCCACUGCCACCUGCAUCUUCUCCUCUGGCUCUGAAUGCAAUAGAUGGACUUUUUUUUAUGUAUCCUAAACCCAAUAUAAUGUGGAUGUAUGUGACACUGAAGCUAUAUUUCUAUCCCAAAAUGUGAUUUUUUACCCUGUAUCAAGCUGUUUUUUUUAAAGUAAUUUGUGCCUGAUAUUUGUACAUUGUUGAGCGGAAAUUGCUGCUGCGUAGGUGUGUGUGUGUGUGUGUUGGAUGUGCCUGAAUACCAAAAUAAUGAUUUUUGUUUAUUUGUAAUACAACUGUAAGCUAGACAAUUUUACAUUUCUAUUUGUAAUAAAGUAUCUAUGAUUGUAUGAGUAAGACAAACACAAACAAUAAAAUAUGUAAAAGAA